CUUUUAAAAAUCCAAAGAAGAGAAGAUUCGAAGUCCACAAGCCCUUGCGCUUCGAGCCUUCGAUUUCAAACGAUGGCGAUCCGCGAGUACCGUCGUGGCCGGAUGAUCGGCCGAGGAGCCUGCGGAACUGUGUCGCUCGCCACUGACGCCUCCUCCGGCGAGAUCUUCGCCGUCAAGUCCGCUGGCAUAGGCUGCUCAGCCGCGCUGCAGCGCGAGCAGAGAAUCCUCUCCGCGCUCGACUCACCCUUCGUCGUCUCCUAUUUGGGCUUCGACAUCGCCGGUCCGGCGCCAGGAUUCUGCCGACGAUUCGACCUAUUCGUGGAGUACGCGCCGGGGGGAUCCCUCUCCGACGCGAUCGAGCAGCACGGCGGCCGGCUCGAGGAGCCCGCCAUCCGCUGUUACGCGCGGGACGUCCUCCGCGGCCUCGACUACCUCCACUCCGCCGGAGUCGUCCACUGCGAUAUCAAGAGCCGGAACGUUCUGCUCUGCGGCUGCGGCCACGCCAAGAUCGCCGACUUCGGGUGCGCGCGACUGGCGGACGAGGCGGCAGAGUGCUCGAUCUCGGGCACUCCCCUGUUCAUGUCGCCCGAGGUGGCGCGCGGGGAGGAGCAGGGCGCGCCGGCGGACGUCUGGGCCUUGGGAUGCACCGUGAUCGAGAUGGCUACGGGACGGUCGCCGUGGCCGGAUGCCAAAGACCCCGUAAGCGCUCUCCACCGGAUCGCGUUCUCCACCGACGUACCGGAAAUUCCGAGCUCGAUGUCGGAACAGGGGAAAGAGUUCUUGAGCAAGUGUUUGGUGAGGAACCCGCGGGAGCGAUGGACGGCGGCGGAGCUCCUCCGCCACCCGUUCGUUGUUUCUUCCGGAUCUCUGGAUCCACAGUCCACGUCGAAUUGCGGCACUAAUUUCAACCGGGUUUCUCCGGUGACCACUCUGGAUCAGUCGUUCUGGGAGCUGAUCUCCGACGACGAGGAUGUUCUGGACCAAGUGGAGGUGCCGCAGGAGGACCCGCUUGAAAGAAUAAAGAGAUUGGCCGGUAAUGCAGCUCAGAAUUGGACGUGGGACGAGAACUGGGUGACAGUGAGAAGCCAUGGCCGCGAAGAAAGCUCUCCGGCGACUGAUUCGGUCACCGAAGCGGACAUGCUUGACUUUGAUCCCAUUUCUGUGGAAUCUGUUCUGGUUAGAUCAGUCGAUACUUUGUUGUUCCAUUACAAUUGUAAUUAUGACGACACAAAAGUUUUUCUUCUCGACAAGGAUUUAAUCCAAUUUGACAGUUUAAAUCUGUCCUCUAACUUGUGAAAAUAUUGUGACGUUCUUUUUCUUAAAUAUUGUUAUUGAUUGUUUUUUGA